AUGCUCACUGACGAAUUAAAUACCCCUGAAUCUCGUAAUCUUCUCAAAGUUGUCGAUGACAUGAGAGAAAUAUUACAUCAUGAGAAAAUUUCUCUUCCACAUAUUGUUGUCGUUGGCGAUCAAUCCGUAAGUAUUACUCGUAAUCCAAUUGGUGGACAAUCUAAAACUAUUUAUAAAGAUAUUGUUGAACUUAUUGAACACUAUAUUAAACCAAAAACAGCUAUUGUCUUACAUGUGAUUCCUUCAUCUGUAGAUUUUACAACUUCUGAAUCGAUUCAACUUGCAAAAACAAAUGAUUCACAGUGUGAACGACAAUUGAUUGCUGUAUCAAAAAUUGAUAAGUUUGACAAAGGUAUUGGAGAAAAACUUCAAGGUAUUGGACCAGGUUCAAUGGAACUCAAACUUGGUUGUGUAGCUGUGCUUAAUCGUACACAAGAAGAAAUAGAUCAAAAUAUUUCAUUUGAUGAAAUGUGA